AUGAACUUUAUCCCGUAUCGAACCAAAAGUGUUCCAUCGGCAGCAGGAGUGUUACAUCCUCAUCCAUCGGUACGGUCAGUCCCGUACAAUCGGAGCAGGUCGUUCGUUGCGCCACGCCGUGAACCAACGGUUUACAUUCCAAACGCAACCACCAGUGAUAAUUCAGCGCUCGAACGGGGUACCCAGGCGGAUCGUUCCGGAAAUGGAGGUGCGAAGCGGGACUCCGGUUACGUAAUUGUCGUGAUUGCGGAAGGUCGUGGACAUGCCGCCCUGGAGGUCGGGCUGGCUGCAAUCGAUGUUACCUCGCCGCAUCUGAAAAUCACCCAAUACAGCGAUAAUUUCUGGUACUCGGUGACGCUGACGACGCUGCACGGGCUCGAUCCGACGGUGGUUUUCUUCUCCGAGCACGUGCUAGCGAACGGAACCUCCUACCUGCCGAAGCUGAUACAUCAGUUUCUCCCGCGGGCGCAGGUCCUUGGGCUGGGGCGAUCGUACUUUAACGAUAGCAUUGCGGAAAGCUACCUGGCCCAGUUGUGCAGUCGAGAUUAUGGUAGUCUCCGUGGGCUUAUUCACAGUAAGUACUACGGUAUGGCGUCCUGCGGGGCGCUACUACGCCACUGCAUGGAAACGGCCCUACUGCAGAUCGCCAACCGUUCGCUGAAGCUGAGUUACAUCGACAAAAUGGCCACGAUGACGAUGGACGUAGAGUGCGUGGGGCAGCUGGAACUGCUCGGGUCACUCCAGAAGGGUGACGAACGGCAAUCACUGUUCGGGUUUAUGAACCACUGCGUGACCGGCAUUGGCAAGAGGCAUCUUCGGGCCAACAUCAUCGAACCGUGGACAGGUCGGGAGCGGCUGGAGCUACGCCUACGGUGCAUCCGAGAAUUGCUAAGUAAGCCGACGCUACACCAGGGCAUACGAAGGGUGUUGGCCGAAAUAAGGGACGUCGGAGGAUUACUUCGACUGUCAGUGGAUAUCGAUCGGAUGAAAAACACCCAUCAAAACACAAUCCACAUGCUCAACCAGGCGUCAAGUUUGAGAAAUGUGCUGAAGGUCGUCCCGAAGUUACGAGAUCUCCUUAAGGACGUUCAGGCGGCCUAUCUGAAUGAUCUGAAACAAACGAUCGAGGAUCCGGUGUACGCUGAAUUGCAGGAAAAGAUUUGUAACGUCCUCGACGAUGGUCCCACGGAACGGAAUACCAGCUAUAACCGACUCUUCCUAGUGCGUUCCCACAUCAACUCGAUACUUGACCUGCUGCGGACGCUCUACUCGGGUGUCAUCGACGAGAUUCGCCAGUACGUGGCCGAACUGAGCCUUGCGACGCGCAUGCAACUGAAGUUGAACCAUUCGCGCGCGAACGGGUUCCACUUGCUGUACGUGCUGGCGAACGAGGAGUUGGACAACGUGGCCGACCAACUGGCGAACAGCUUUCAGAUAUUGAACCGGACUGGUCGCCGGUACACACUGACAAACGGGCGUCUACUGGCAUUCAACGAAAAGCUGAGCUCUGUUGGGCAGGAAAUUGAAGAGAUCAGCUACGCCAUCAUCCGGGGAUUGAUCGAGGGCAUCCGAGAGAGUAUCGAUGCGGUGUACAAUUUGGUCGGGUGUUUGACCGAUCUGGACGUGGUGCAAGCGCUAACCACCGUCAGCCAGGGGAAGGAGUUUUGUGAGCCUUCCUUCGGCGAGGAGACGAAAAUCGUUUCCGGACGGCACCCGUUGUUGGAAAGCUUUGGCGGUGAGCGUAAGGUCGUGCGCAAUAAUGUGAUUGCAACACCGGAGUACAAUGCAUUCAUCGUUACGGGACCUAACAUGAGCGGAAAGACGGUGUAUAUUAAAACGAUAUGUGUACUGCAAAUUAUGGCCCAACUGGGAUGCUACAUUCCUGCUACGCAGGCGCAAGUACGAAUCGUUGAUCGUUUGUUAACAAUUUUUGGAAACGCCGAUAGCCUCCAGCAGGAUGAUUCCGUGUCCUCCCGAAUGUAUAACAAACUGCAGUUUGUACGGCACUGUCUUACCCCGAGCAGCUUGAUAGUGAUCGACGAGCUUUACGGAGACACGCACCGACCCGAUACGGGCAGCUCCAAGUGGGCUCUACUAGAACGCAUCAUUAGUCACGUGGGAUACACUGGGGAGAACGAAGCGGAUGUGGUCGUACCUACGCUAGCGACCAUCAGGAAACCGUUCCUAUACAUUACGACGCAUUGCAUGGAACUCCUGAAGCCCCUGGAGGUGCACCAUAACGUAUCCCGGUUGUGUCUGCAGACGGAGAGCGUUCACGUGGACGGCGUCGAGCGGCUUCGGUACAAAUACGUGGUCACCGAGGGACGCACCAUGGUAACAAACUACGGCCUGUCUCUGGCACGUACAGUUAACAUACCGAAGGAAGUCCUGGAACGAGCCGAAGAGCUAUCCAGGGGCGAAUUAGGGCAGCAACUACGGCAGCCAUUCGCGCCGAACAGAACGAACAACAAUCGCUCGAACAACAUAUCCUCCACAACGCUCGCGUCUCUUUCGACGCAGGGUAGUUUUAAUGAGUUUUUCAAGCUAUUCUAUCAUCUGUACGCGAAGAUCGCCGAUGCAGCCCGUAGCACCAGCGAUGUGCAACCCCUUCUGACUGAGCAACUGGCAGCGUUCAUCGGCUCCGUUCCGGAAGAGGUGCGGGAGUUUCUGCGGGCCACACCACUCGAUCGGUUGCUGCAAAUUGACACCUGAUGCGCAUGAUGUCGCUGUUAUUUGAUCGCUUAUUGCCAGUGUUUACAGCUCCCCACAGAGGCAAAUAAACAAGCCCCAUUUGCA